GCUGCUACAGGUGCUUGACUUUGGGUUAUAGAACUGGCAGCACACAGUGAGGCGCUUCUGGAGGCUGAUUAAGAACACGCAGUUCUUGGGGAACUCACCCAGCACUUUCAUCUGCCAACACUAUUUUCCUUCUCUCUCCUCUGCUCUGCCCAUUUCCUUCACGUCAUGCGGAUCAUUAGUUUAAAGAUACAUUAACCUAAGAGAAGAGACACACCCUUCCUCUGCAACUACAUCCUCGCUUCUUUUAACUCGGUUUGAAUGUUGAAUUCACCCUGCUGCAGUGCCUGCCUCCUACAGCUAGCCAUUGCUGAUUCAGAAACAGCAUGAAUAAAGGUUAUGCCUUAGAUGAAAAGAGUCUCCACCUUAAACUAAAUUGGCUCGUUAAGCUAAAGGAAAUGCCCACUAGCCCAGAGUUAGAAAUGUAGGCCUAGUGCCCUCUCGUACAGAAGGUCAGGGAAAGUUGCUGCUCACAGCUCUUAAUUUCUCUGGUGUUUAAGCUGCUUUUAGUCUCAUUUGUAUCACGUCAAUCUGCUGCGAUCACCUGGUAGCAGCAAACUGGUUGGAGGGGGCAUCUCAAUGCUUGAGCGCAGGUUUGGGCCUGGCAAGCGUGCUAGUGAAGGAGAGCGAGAAAAGUAGGGGAAGAUAGAGGCAGACUCGCGUCUGUGCUUUUUGGGGGAGAAGUUACUCAGGAGGAACCUGCUCUGUAGCCAGCCUGACUGAGGGCAAGUCACGUGAGUAGGGGUAAAGGAGAGGGGAGGUAACCAGGAGCGGGUGCCAGCCCUGGGAGUGACAGGCUGCCCAACCCCACUGUACGGAACAGAGAACACGGAGACCUGUUUGGCUUAAGAAUGGCCCGUCCAAAAUACUUGAACUGUAUUGCAAUCAGCUGCUUCUUCCUUGCUGCAAAGACCAUUGAGGAAGAUGAGAGGAUUCCAGUACUGAAGGUGUUGGCUCGGGAUAGCUUUUGUGGUUGUUCUCCAGCUGAAAUUCGCAGAAUGGAGAAGAUUAUCCUGGAUAAACUGAACUGGGAUCUUCACAUGGCAACGCCACUGGAUUUCCUUCACAUUUUCCACGCAGUUGCGGUGUCCAACAGGCCUCAGCUCCUGUCCAUCCUACCCAAGCUGAGCCCCUCUCAGCACGUGGCGGCGCUCACCAAGCAGCUGCUGCACUGCAUGGCCUGUUACCAGCUGCUGCAGUUCAAGGGCUCCAUGCUGGCGCUGGCUAUCGUCAGCCUGGAGCUGGAGAAGCUGCUCCCCGACUGGCUGGCUCUCAUCAUCGAGCUGCUCCAGAAGGCACAGAUGGAUAGCGCGCAGCUGAUCCACUGCCGGGAGCUUGUGGCACAUCACCUUUCCACUCUGCAGUCUUCUCUGCUGCCCAAUCCUGUAUAUGUCUACAGUCCCCUCCAGCAUACCCUGGUGACCUGUAACAGAGGAGCGUUCAAAUGCCAGCCCUCCUCUGUCCCAGGGCCAGGUUUCUCCAAGGACAACGGCAGGCCAGAAGUGCCAGUCACAGCUACAGCCGCUCUCUACCAGCGUCUGCCAGCUCCCAGCGGUUGCAAGCAAGCCUCUGCCAAGCGCAAAGUGGAAGAGAUGGAAGUGGAUGACUUCUACGACGGCAUCAAGCGUCUCUACAACGAAGACACUGCUCCAGAGGUAGUGGCUCUUGAGAACAUGGGCUCUGUUUGCGGCGCUGACGUCUCGAGGCAGGAGGGCAACGUUUCCCCUUGUCCGCCUUUACAGCCAGUGUCUGUCAUGUAGCUGUGAGCACACACCACCUGCUGCACCGCAGCUGCACUCGAGAAACCACGCAGAACCUGGCGCCGUGUUCUCAGUGGGGGGAGAAGGGACCAUACCUCGUCAGGCUGAACUGAAGGGAGCCAACAGAAAAAAAUAUCCCAGCCCUUUUCUGAAUUUUUUUUUCUUGUGCGGCUAAUUCUAGUUCUACUGUUUAAGCACUUAAAACACAAAAAAGUAUAAAAAUCUAAAAAAAGACCCAAAAAACCAACCAAAAAAAGUAGCAAAAAAUUGUUUCUUUCUAGUGUUGUCAGCUCCACUGUUUUUCUGCUCCUGUGUAUUGUAACCCAUCCUCCACGUCCCAGAGCUCUCAUCAGUUAUGCGGUUGUUUCAGGUUUCCCAGCCAGUUAACACCACCGAUCUGAUUUCCAUCUGCUCCUUGCUCUUUCUGCUUGCUCCUCUUUUAAUUCUCUGCGAGUCUCGUGCAUGAUGUUCUGUACAUUCAUGACAAGUUUCUUUUUUUUUUUCCCCUAAAGAAAAAGGCCUUUUUGUUUUGUUAGCACUUUAGUGUUUAAAUGUGAAAAUAUUUAAAAACUGGAUUUAAAUAAGAGGUUAGUCAGGAAAAACACACAGCAAUGCUUGCAAACAGCUCCACACCGACAUAGCCACAGGAGUGUGAACAUACUCUAGAACACGAGGGUGUCCGGCCACGGUGCUCUGUACCUUAAAGUUACAACUGUGCUGUCAAACACAACAAGCAGUUAAUGGAUUUUGUAUCGCUUGAAGAAGAAUGGUAUUUUUUCUUGUUUGCACCAGGAGAUGUUGCACUCAGUGUGGACGUUCACCAACACUUGACUCUAGACAUCAAGUGUAAACCUUAAAUUCCAUGAAUCUGUUUUUUUUUCUGUAUGUCUCUAAGCUUAGCAUGUGACCAGCACUGCUUGGUGAAGUGCUGGGCAGCCUGAGGUUUGAAAGGUUUGUAAUUACCAGUCACAAAAAAAAAACAAAACCAAAAAACAACAACAAAAAAAAACACCCCAAGCGCCCCUAACCCCGAGUUUUGUGUUCAUGUAACUUCUAACCAAGAGUAAAACCUUUAAAAGCUUGUCUCUUUUAAAUGUUACACCUCUGUUUCUCAGAAUGACCUGUCCCGAUUGUAAGCUCUCUCCACAGCCCUGAGGAAGGUAUUGUAUUUGGAGCCAUUGUACUGAUGAAAGCCUUCUGGUAGCAAUAAAGAAAGUUGUCCUGGA